GUCUUGGACACGGUAUUUCAAUGCGAUAUCGCCUUAACAUAUGAUCCGGAUCUCAAGCAAUUACACAAGGAUCAAGACGCGAACUUUUCUAUCAACCACGGUGUGAUGGUGAGUGUGGCUCGUCGUUUCGUCGAAGAAAUACAAAGAUGGUCAGAUGACUUCAGCAUGUAA